UCUGCUAGUAUUUGCAUAGAUAACGUGACGAGGUAGGUAAGUUGGAUUUCUGAGCACAUUACCGAGGUUAUGACGGUACAGUUGUACUGAAAAUUAGCAAUGACAAAGUUGGUUGGAAUGGAACCAACUGAAAGUAUUUAUGAAGAGAUUAUUACCAGUGACAUCAGAAGAAAUUUAGACAAGAAACGAUUAGAUCGUAGCCGGAGCUGCCCGUCGUCUAGAAAAACUUCAAGAGACAUGGGGAGGCAUUACAGCGCUUCAAAUUUAAGGGACUGUAAAGACAAUGAAGAUAAUUUGUAUGCAGUUGUUCAAGGAGACGAUCUUGAAUUUAUGAAGUUAAAGGAUUUGCUCGAGGAGGGAGAAAACAAGACAGGACGACUUUUGAAUCGCAAGGACAGUGCGAGAGGCACAGCUCAAAGUCUAGAUGGAGGUGAUGAUAGAGACCUUGGUGAAACGGAUUCGGGCUGUGAUUGUUCGGUUACAGGAAAAGAAACAAUAUCUACAAUUCAUUUUCCAAGGCCAAACAGCUUGGAUUUGAAACUUUCUGAUACCGUAUAUUCGGAGAUUCUUCACGCUAGUCCAACGACUCAAAUAGAUUUCGCGCGUGGACGUAUUACUCGUGAAUCGGACAAUCCACUGCUGAGACAAGAAGUUAUCCCAUCAAAUUCUGGCUCUCCAGCUACUUCUAUGCCAUCAAGUCGAAGUGGCUCGAUAAGGUUACGAAGGAAUGAUGAUGGAAGUACCAGGUCUGGUUCGGGUGAUUCUGGUAUACAGGAAGACAUGCAAGGACAAUCUAUGUACGCGAAUUGUACGAGGAGAGAUCGGAAACUCCGCCGAUCCCUGAGCUCUCCACAGUUCCAACAAUUCUACGCCAACACAUCUUCCGUGCAGACCACCGAAGAUUCCGUAUACGCUAAUAUGGACGAGCAUGAAAAUUCAACAGGUGCGAACGAAAGCACUGAUUCGGUGUAUGCCAACAUGGACGAUGAGCCAGCAAGGCCGCGCACUGCAAGCCGCCCCAUUGCAAUUCAGUCAAAUCAGAGAAAAAGUCCAGGACAGACAGAAAUGAUAUACAGCGAUUUAGACUUUGAAGAGGAGCCAAUACCAGAAUAUUUAUCAAGUAGUCCCGGGGAUGCAAGUAGCACUUCUAGUGGCUUCUCGUCCUUCACAAAUCACCUCACAAACACAUUCACCCCGCCUCCUCUACCAAAUCGGCCUGCCUCAGUCUGUGCACGAAGGCGGCAAACAAGCUUUUCUUCUGUUUCAAUGUCUUCAUUUGCUGGUGCCAGCAGUCUUAAGGCUAAUUUUAUUGGCACACACUCAGCACACAAAACAAGCAGAGAAUGCAUUGAUCAUGCUGUAAAAGAGGCAGUCCAUAAAACCAACCUACUUGAUGUUAAAUCUGUUUGUGUAGAAAUCAACUCCAGUGUGGUGAAAUUCUUAAACUUAACAAGUCCGUACCACUGUAUUCUGCAGUUCCCUAUCGACGAAAUUCAUCUGAUGGGACAGUUUAGCAAAGACCAGCGUUUCAUGGGAUUUAUUGUCAGUCAACCUGGGAGAGAAGCCCUCUGUUAUGUUUUCCAAAGUGAUCAAACAUCGGAUAUAAUGGAGGUCAUUAAGGAUACAUUUAGAGAAAACCCAUGGAAGCAGCGAUUUAGCUCACCAGAUCGACCAGCAAGCAUUUACGGCUUACCCGAAAUCUAUCGACCAACAUCAUUUCCAGUCGUGGUCAAAAUUGGAACUCUUAAAGUAAAAAAGUCAUAUUUAGUAAUCAACGACAGCAUUCGCGCAUUGCUGGAAAAAAUUAACCCUAAAGAAUACAGAGUUGUUGACCUUCAAAUAAAGGAGUCUUGUGUAAUAGUCACAAAUUCGGGAUCACGAGAGCACUUUGAGCAACACUCCAUUCCAUGGAUCUUAUCUCUGGGGCUUUACAAUGAAGAUGGAAGGUAUUUCGGAUACAUAGUGUCGAGCACAAAAAAUGGAAAGACGAAAAUGUUAUGUCAUGUUUAUAAAUGCAAAAAAGUAAUGAUGUCAGCUUCGAUUCUUGGAAUACGCAGUGCCUGUCAAAGUGCCUUAACACAGAACCAGGUUCCGCGUUACAGUAAUUCGAUGCCACGUGAUGCAUUUCGCAGCAGACUAGUGACAAGUCCGGACGCAAUGUCAAGGUCAUCAACAUCGAGUGACGAAACUACAAGAGAUAUUGACUCGCCUGCGAUUGCACGCACCGCAUCCGUCAGUUCAAGAAUUAGUGUUUCUACUCUCAAAUUAAAGAAUGAAUCAAAUUAUUCCAACGUCAUAAAAAGCAAAGUUGCAGAAAUAGAUCCGUCUGAAACAGAACAGAGUGAUGACGCUACCCUUAAGGAUGAAGCGAUUGAGCAGUCGAAGGAGCCUGAAAAUAUUGUAGAAAUAGAGAAGGAUUCGCAAGUUGAAGGCCAUGACAGUCAGUAUUACGGAGAGCCUGAAGACAUUAAGGAUUCAGAUGAAGUUGAUCCGAAGGCGCACCAUAAGGAUAAAAAGUCACCAUUUUUGAAAAGCAAGAGUAAAAUGCUUAGGAAUACAUUGCUAAGAAAAAAACGGGAUUCCAAGUUGUCUAGAAGCAUGCAGUCGCUUGAUUUCUCGCCUAAGGAGGAGGAAGAGCUAGCCGUUCCUUUCGAAAGAGAGGAACAUAAGUUUGUAAUCUCGUACCUAUGUUCAGCAGUUGUAAAACCUCCAUUGAAAAGCAAGCAUAUAGAGAAGUGUCUCAAGCAGUACCAAAAGGAGGUUGGUAAAAAGCAGAAGGCAGGCGAAGCCUGUUGCCUUGGCAAUAAACUUCAGUUAGAAAUCGUUACAGAUGAGGGUAUUACUAUGGCUGAUGUCCAACCCGAAUGCGUUCAGGCGCAUUUUCCUAUAUCAACAGUAGACUGUUUCAUUGUGCACCCGGAGAACCCAGACUGCUUUGCGUUCUCGACAACUGUCCCAGGAGACGAGCAGCAUAAGUACCAUUUGUUCUACAAGGCAAGAGAAAGCAUUGCAACUGUAAAAGAUGCCUUCGAGAGGCUUAAGCUAAUGCAACGCAUACUUUGACCACAAUUUCUGCCGCCUUCUCGUCUGAAUUCAUCAAGCCUUGAUGCUUGGAAAAAGAAUCCGAUUUCACUGAUUCAAAGGGGUGAAAGAAAUGAGAAGAGGAAAAAGCUAAAUGGGGAGUAAGUGAAAAAAAAGAGAACAUUGAAUUCUUUAACGACGGAGACAAAUUUUCUCCCAAUAAUAUGAUGAUGCUUUCGGCUAUAAUUUAUUUGCAAUCGCGUACAUAUUUAUGAUUUAACUUCUGAUAGGAUUUUCCAAUUGUUGAUCUUAUUUGCUGGGUGUAUAUAAAUCAAAAAUUUAUUCAUUUUAAAAAGAAACCUUGGUGGAUCUACAGGCAAUUUUGUAGGUCUCUUUUACCCAAUUAAGGCCUGGCCAUUUGAGGAGAGCCAUAGUUCUUGCUCCCCUCCAGGCUCUCGUCAAAUGCUGGAGGGAAGCUACGGGUUACUCUGCUAAAUUACUCUAAAAAGCAAUUUGCUCUCCUUGAAGUCAAUUUUUCCUUUGUUUUUAUUCUUACUUAUCUAGAAAUAGCUCACCUGGAGAUUACUAGGAGAGCUGUUUAUUGCUCCCCUGCUAAAAGUCUCAUGGCCAGGGCUGGAAUUUAUUUUGAUUCGUUAUCCAAAAUCCCGUCAAUCUGGUUGUUGAAAAAUGAACCUCGCUUGUAAGUAAAAAAUAAGUGAUUACCUGUCUGGCCAUACUGCUUGUAUUGUAAUACUGUUGAAAUCUGAAUUUUCAAGAAAAUGUGUUUAUGUCUAAGUGACGGCUGGAUAUCGCAAAGUUCUGAAACCUACCCAACUUGAUUUUUACUUGCCAGAAUAGUUAAUCACUUCUACGAUUAAAUGAAGAUGUUCAAAAUUUUUGCCACAAGGAUGUCCCGUUUUUGAUCAAUGUAAAGUAAACGUCUGAUAAUUUUGGCAAUGUAAUAUAAGGAUCCCAUUAUCUCGAAAAGGAAGGAAAGCUUUUAAGAAGACAGUUAUUUUCCAUUUAACCCUAAAUCAAAAAAAGCCCAUUUCAAUGGUAUCAAGUGUUUGAGAAAAACAUGUAAAUUUUUUUAAGGCAUAGGGGAUGAGAAAAUUUUAAGUUAGCUUAUGCAUUUUCUUCUGGCUUUACUAUUUUUGCAUUUAUUAAUGUAUAGCAAAGUAUUCAUAAAUUUUUCUCUCGAUAUUUUAAAAGAUUGGAGCUACUGAUGCGGCUUACAAGCAUUUUGUAUUGAAUCAAUACGCGUCUCGUUUGCUGUUAGAUUGUUAAAGGUUCCAUAAACUUCUUGCAAAUCUUAGUCGAAUAUGACGUCAUCAGAAUUUCAAGUCUACAGACAAAAAAUUCACUCGAGUCAAUUAAGCCCAAUCUCCAGUGAGAAAAAGUCUUGCGAAAUUUCGCUGCGAAAUACUUCACGCGACAAAUUCCUUUGAAUGCUUUUGUUGACCUCACGACAUAGGAAUGUAAAGUUUGGAAGCGUGACAAAAGAAUACGGAAUAUGAUUGGCUGUUGAAGGAUUUCGCAAGCGAAAAGCGAAAAAGUUAAACUCAUUUUAACUUUUUUUCGCAGAGAAAUUCUUCGCGAGAAAUCCCAGCAAAAGAUCACUGCGCAUGCCUAAGACGUAUUUCGCGCGAACUUUUUCGCAUUUCGCAGUUUUUUUUCUCACUGGAGAUUGGGCUUUAAAAUGCACGUUUUUAAAGGCAAUCUGUCUGGUUGUGGAUUGGUUAACGAGAACAAUAGCUGGAACAAUAGCCUAAACACGAUUCCAGCGCUCCGCCAUAUUUUUUACAAUGCGAUAAAUAAAAGGGAGACUGGAAACAAUAAAAAUCCCUUUGUUCUUAUAACCAAUCAACGUCGUGACAGAUUGCCUUUAAGGUGUCCAAUGGAGUUUUAGAGCUACAGUUCUAGACAGUCUAUAAUGUGAUUUAGCACCCGCAUCCCCCAGUUGAAUUGUGAUAUCACUGCUAUAAAAAACUUUGAAUUUAGGGGGUGGGGGCCAAUGCUGGACUCUACAAGCAUCUUACUGGCAAUGGACUCGGACGUAAGACCUACGUUCUCCUGGAGACAAUAGCAAAUCUUAGUAACGAAUCGAGCACCACUUGAAUGACAAAAAACCGCGGGUCUAGUUGCAAAGAAAAAAUGAAUCAAAUCCUCAUCGAAAUAUUUCUGUAGGUAUUGGUGUACAGUCAAUUUUGGAGAUUACAACGAUUAGCGAGUUUACAGUGGCUCGCAUCCUCUAGUGGAAAUCCCAAGACGUAACAUCCCAAAUAGACAUUUGAACUGUGCUUUUCUAUGUCGCAAUAAGCACUCAAAUUUCCAUUUUGGUUAGACAAUAUGUCACUUUGUUUCCUACCCAUAUCAGGUUCCACUAAACGGCAUUUAGCACCCUUUAUGUCUUUGGGGCAGAUGCUCAUAUAAUACACGUUGGUGCCUCUCAAUUAACCAAUUCAAAUUCAAUGCAAGAACUGUUCUUUAUCGUAUAAAGGUUUCCAUGUAAAAUGCUAGAAUCGCUGUCACAAUACGUUUUAUAUCAAGCACCAAAUUUUUGACAUAUAUUGGAUUUUGUUAAAAUUACAAAAGUUAAAAUAAGAUUGUAAAUAUUAAAGCUGCUGCUGUGAGAAUACUUCAAAUUUUGUAAUUCGCUGUAAAUACUUCAUAAUCUUUGCACGAUUUUUAUGAAUACUUGUAAGUUUGGUAUGAUUUAUGAUGUAUAUGAUUUUACGCCAUUUACAAAA